GACCGCUUCACGGGUCCAGUCCAUAGAAAUUAAAAUGUUUCGCAUUGCGUAGGUUAGCCCUUUCCUGCAAUACGUUAAGCGCACACGCCAUAAUGCAUGUGUCAUAUUGCUCACUCCAGGACACAUCUAAUACGGCGGCGUCAUUGACGUACGUUUCCACGCGAAGGAGGGGCUAACGGUGUAUUUUGAUCUCUAUGGUGGGCUCUUGAUUCCGUCCAGUGGCCUGGGUGCUAUUUGACAGUAUGAACGGUGGAACCGUGCAAGACUGGACACCGAGGAGCACUUGUACAAACGACCGUGGAAACCUUUUACAUGCAUGCAAAUGAUGGAGUAGCAAAAAGAAUGGGCAUUUUGCAUUGGAGGCGGAUUUAAAUAUCCACGCACGCAGACGCUUUGUGCUCACCGGUGGUCUGUGCGGUGUGUUUCUUACCCACCCCCUCUCGUCUCCCCUCUUUUGGGUAUGGACUGACCGCCGACUCCUUCUCCGGAUGAUUUGAUGGGGCUGCUCAGAGUCAUGAUGCCGCCUAAGUUGCAGCUGCUGGCUUUGCUGGCGUUCGCCGUGGCCAUGUUCUUCCUAGAGAACCAGAUUCAGAAGCUGGAGGAGUCCCGCGGAAAACUCGAGCGAGCCAUCGCCCGGCACGAGGUACGGGAGAUCGAGCAGCGGCACGCACGAGACGGCCUGCGGGAGCGGGACUCGUCAUGGCCGUCCGUUCCCGAGAGCGACGACGAGGUGGUCGUCGUUUAUAACCGCGUGCCGAAGACGGCCAGCACUUCCUUCACCAACAUCGCCUACGACCUGUGUGGGAGGAACCGUUACCAUGUCCUGCACAUCAACACCACAAAGAACAACCCCGUCAUGUCCAUACAGGACCAGGUCCGGUUUGUAAAGAAUGUGACUGAAUGGCGGGAAAUGAAGCCGGCUUUCUACCACGGCCAUGUCUCCUUCCUGGACUUCACCAAGUUUGGGGUGAAGGUGAAGCCGAUCUACAUAAACGUCAUCAGGGACCCCAUCGAAAGGCUGGUUUCCUAUUAUUACUUUUUGCGUUUCGGAGAUGACUACCGACCCGGCUUGAGGCGCAGGAAACAAGGAGACAAAAAGACCUUUGAUGAAUGCGUAUCGGCCGGCGGCUCCGACUGCGCCCCUGAGAAGCUUUGGCUCCAGAUUCCCUUUUUCUGCGGGCACUACUCUGAAUGCUGGAACGUGGGUAGCCAGUGGGCUCUGGAGCAGGCCAAAUACAACCUGGUGAAUGAGUACAUGUUGGUCGGAGUGACGGAAGAGCUGGAGGACUUUGUCAUGAUGCUGGAGUCGGCUCUGCCACGCUUCUUUAAAGGAGCCACCGAACUGUACAAAACAGGGAAGAAAUCCCACUUGAGGAAGACCAGCGAGAAGAAACCGCCCACCAGGGAGUCCACGGCCAAACUGCAGCAGUCGGCCAUCUGGAAGAUGGAGAACGAGUUCUAUGAGUUUGCCCUGGAGCAGUUCCAGUUUGUCAGGGCCCACGCCGUGCGGGAAAAGGAUGGCGAACUCUACAUGUUGCCGCAAAACUUCUUCUAUGAGAAGAUCUACCCCAAAAACUAACCUGGGUGGAGAUGGAUACACAGAGAGGUUUGAAGGAGGACGCAAGGACGAGAUGUCCAAGUGUCCGCUGAGUGAGAUCGUGCUGUGGACAUAGGACAGCGCAUGCCACCGGAUUGCUCACACGCGGGGAUGGCCGAGCUGGCGUUUGGUCCCCGUCCCUGCAGGUCAGCGGCUUCCUUUCACUUCCAUGUCAGCGAUCUAUAGAAGGCCCGGAGAGCUAUGACGGGAGACGCUCAGUCCCAAAUGGCCGAGCCGAAACAUCUACAUCCGCUAUGUGCUGUUUGGUUGUGUUUAGCCAUUUGAGCUACAGAGUUCCCCCUUAAUAUUGCGGUCCAUUAUUCGCAACACUGUUAUAAUUCCAUCUUUAUUUUUUUUUUAAUAUAUAAGUAUUAGUGAAACCCCGCUCUUUGCUGUGGGUUUAAGAACUGAGCCCUUUAAUCCAGCUUCUCUAGAUACUCCAAGUUGGCAGCAAAGCACUAUGUUUGUCUAAAUCAAACUCCUUCUGUCACUAUAACAUAGUUCAUUGGUGCCAAAAGAUGCCACAAGAUGGCAGCAAAGCAAUACUUUUAUUGCUUUGGCCUAUCUUGUGGCAUCGGGCGGCAUAAAAAAAAAAAAGUGAAUAAUUUUCGCCGCGAAUGACUGAAUAGAAGACAAAACACACUUCGUGAAUAGCAAAACACAAAUAGGUAGGGCUUUACAGUAUUGUCUUUUGGAUGUGAACAUGGAAAAUUACCGAGCUGUAGUAUUUGGACUUGAACAAAGGAUUUUUUUUUCUUUUUUUCUAUGAAAUCUUAAAAGAAAGAAAUCAGUGUGUAUGUUUUAUACCGUGUGUUUUCGUUCGCUCUGGUAAGUGUGCAGCUUUAUCGCCUGGCCAUUUCUUUCCGUGCGCUUUUAUUACAGUGUGUAUGAAGGAACACAAUGAAGAUGCUGCUUGCUGUAAAUAUACAUUUCGGUACACGAAGGUGAGAUUGGUUCCUGCUGGAAAUUAGCUUGAUUUAUAUACAUAUAUUUCAUGACAGCGAGUCUGUGUGUUUGUAACUACUCGGUAAAUUGUCCUGCUGUAUAUAACUGAUUUCAUUUGUGAUGCUGAAAAUCCCAAUGGCCUGAGGACUAACUGCCACCUUUUGGAAAAAUAACAAUGUGACAUCUGAAGUCUGGACACUUUUUUUUUUUGCAGUUGCUAUCACAACCCCAUUGCAUAAUUUGAAUGGUCAUUUUGGUGUGCCUUCCUUGUGCCCAAAACAGUGCUGCAGCUGUGUUUGAUACAAAAUAAAACAACAUGGCUGUGUUA